UAUUAUUUAUUUUUCUAAUGAAAAUGGAUGUCAUGCUUCUUGCAAUGAAGCUAUUGACAAUAAGAUAGCAAGGUGUUCAUACAUAAUGCUCUAUGACUUCAUUUAUUAUAUUAAAAGGUUUAGGCCAUUUUCUGAGUGAGAUGAUUCAUUGAGGAGUAUAAAAAGAUGCAAUGUUGUUUUGGCCUACCAUUGAAAUUUUCUUCCUUUCACUGUUGCUUCUCACUUCAAGCCUUGAUGCUGCAAGUAAUGAUUCCCAAAACAAUAGGGACGAGGUAAUCGUGGCACGUCGUGGUGCCGUUGCUACUGAUGAUGGUCGAUGUUCUAGAAUUGGGAUGAAUGUUCUUCGUGAAGGAGGUCACGCCGUCGAUGCAGCGGUAGCUGCUGCUCUUUGUUUAGGGGUUGUGGGGCCAGGAUCAAGUGGCAUUGGUGGAGGUGGUUUCAUGCUUAUCAGGGAAAGCAGUGGGGAAGCAGAAUUCUAUGAUAUGAGAGAAACUGCCCCCUUGUUAGCUUCUAAGGAUAUGUAUGGCGGCAAUGCUACUUUGAAAAAUAAAGGUGGUCUCUCCAUAGCAGUUCCCGGUGAACUUGCAGGGCUUGACAAAGCUUGGAAAAAAUAUGGGAAGCUUCCAUGGAAAAGACUAGUAAAACCAGCUGAGCGUCUAGCUCGCUUAGGAUUUAAGGUUUCGCCAUACCUACACUUUCUAAUGGAGAAAACAAAAUCGGAAAUCUUUGAGGAUAUAGGUCUUCGCGAUACAUUUACAUCAAAUGGUAGUCUUUUGCAGAAAGAUGAUAUCUGCUAUAACAAGAAACUAGCAAAGACACUCCAAACGAUUGCAGAACAGGGUAUACAGCCCUUCUAUAAUGGAUCAAUAGGCUUCAAUUUGGUUAAAGAUAUUCGUAAGGCUGGAGGUAUACUUACAAUAAAGGACUUGCGAAACUACAAAGUUAAAGUGAGAAAGCCAAUCUAUGCAAACUUUCAAGGGCUUCAAUAUGUUACAUCUUCUCUUCCUUCUGGGGGUCCACCAUUGAUACUUGUGCUAAACAUUCUUGCACUGUAUGGAAAUCUUUCUGGUGUUCCUGAUUCUGUUUUUGUCCACAGGGAAAUCGAAGCUCUGAAACAUGCAUUCGCUGUGAGGACGAAUCUUGGUGAUCCUGACUUUGUGAAUGUGACUGAGGUUCUUUCGCAUAUGCUCUCAAUCAAUUUUGCAAAAGAAUUAAAGCAAACCAUUUAUGACAACAGGACUUUUCCUCCCAAACAUUAUGGUGGCAAGUGGAAUCAGCUCCCUGAUCAUGGAACCAGUCAUUUGUCCAUCGUAGAUCGAGAACGAAAUGCAGUCUCCAUGACUACUACUGUGAAUUACUUUUUCGGUUCACGAGUAUUGUCAGCGAGCACGGGAAUCGUCUUAAACAAUGAGAUGGAUGAUUUCUCAAUACCUGCAAAUGUUUCCAAGGAUGUCCCACCACCUGCACCAGCCAAUUUUAUCAGCCCAGGAAAAAGGGCAUUAUCAUCCAUGUCGCCUACCAUAGUCCUCAAGGAUAAGCAACUGAAAGCUGUAAUAGGUGCAAGUGGGGGAUCCAGGAUCUUUCCUGGAACUGCACAGGUCUUCUUAAAUCAUUUUGGUAGGGGAAUGGAUCCUCUCUCCUCUGUUUUUGCUCCGAGGAUCUAUGAUCAGCUGAUACCUAACAAGGUUUACUAUGAGAAUUGGACAACUGUGAUUGGUGAUCACAUUGAACUUCCGGCAACUAUCAGGAAAGACCUUCGGAAAAAGGGCCAUAUCCUAGAGUCCAUUGCUAGUGGCGCUAUUUGCCAGUUUAUAGUUCUAGAAACAGAGACCUCCAUUAAAAAUGGAACCCUUGGAAAGCUAGUCGCAGUAAGCGAUCCAAGAAAAGGUGGGAUUCCUUCUGGUUUUUGAAACCAGUUUUUGGUAGCCUAGAGCUCUCUUUUAGUAUUUAAGAUAGCACUGUGAUACCUUAUAAAAUAAGGUUGCGUUCAUAAAAUAAGGUUGACCAAUGUUUGGCAACGGUAACAGGUUAGAUAACUACAAAUCCAUGGCCCACUCUUAGUGCGGCUUACACUGAAAAUUGCAAUUCACAAAAUAAGUGCGGUAAACAUAUCUCUGUCCCCAAGUAUCUCAAAUGAGUAAUGCUAAAUGUACUAUUUAGUCUACAAAAGUACCUCUCAAAUGUACAUAUUUUAUCAUUUGAUUGACUUAUAUAGACUUGCACUUACCACUUCCUAUCAAAUGUACAUAUAUUAUCAUUUUGAUUGACUUAUAUAUAGUUGCAUUUACUACUUCGAAGAGCCAUAAAAUAAAUAACCCAGCAAAAAACGCAAAACAAAAUGUUGUAAUACAUAUGAUCUUCAUAAUGUUCCAAAGAGCAAAAAAAAGGUAUAGAGAAACUCCAACUCUCAGAACUAGUAGUUAAUAUGCUGCUGCCUUUGAUAAAAUAUCUGUAACCUUAUUACCUUCUUGAAAAAUAUGCGAAACUCUAAAUUAAUGGAUGCAACAAAAUUAUGACAAUUAGCCUAGUUAGCACGAAGAGACCAAGGAACCAUAAGAGAUUUUGAAGAAAAUAAAUGAACCACAAAAGAUAAGUCACAUGCCAACCAAACCUUACCCCAAUCAAAUCCUUUGAGCUAUUUUAUAGCUGCCACAAGCUCAGAUUCAAAAGACUAGGUUAUUCCUAAAGGAAUAGUAAAGCAUCCACAAACAAUACCCUGAUUGUUCUUGAAAAACACCACCUCCACCAGUUGGACCUAGAGAACCAUACGUUGUUUCAUCAAUAUUACCCUUAUCCAACCAGGUAAAGGUAAAUUCCAAUAAACAGGAGCAAUAAAAGGAGCCUUAGUAGGACAAGGUUUCAUCCGCAAACUAUUUAGAGUUAAUAAUUCCUUUAUAGCUCCAUUCUGUAAAUUACCAACUGCAAUAAUCAAGCUACUUUUAAAACUAAAAGCCCUUGAAAUAGGCACCAAAAAAAAAAAAAAUACUAGGAGUAUACAAAAUUAUAUCCAAUCUAAUGAAACCAAUGAUCCAAUCCAAUUUAAUUCUAUUUUAUUGGAUCAAUCCAAUUUAACUAUAUUAGACUAGAUGGAGAAUUUUAAGUCCAACUGAAUUGGAUCAGUUAUCAAUUUUAGUGUUUUAAAAUAAUGAAUCUAGACUGAUCUAAUCCAAUAAAUAUAUAAUAUGUUAAAAAUUUAUUAGGCGUACGAGUUUAGUUAGUUUUUUUUUUUUUUUUUUUUCCCUAAGCUUGAAUUCAUGUCAUUGUAUUUGCUAUUAAAGUUCUUGUCAUGGAUAAUAUGGAUGUAGUUGUUGGUUGUCAUGGAUAAUAUUGAUGUAGUUGUUAGUUGCCUAUGAUUUAGCCCAUUCAUACCCUUUCACAUGUUAUUAGUUUAUGUUAUGCGGAAUCAAUUACUUGCAAGUAAUUUAGCUUCGGUAUUGUAGUAUGUGUUUGCUGUUGAUACAAUUAGUUAAAAAAGUUAUGUAAUCUUUUCUUUAUGCAUAUUAUCAUUUUUGUUAAUCAAUGUGCGUGUUAUCAUUGACAUAUUAUAUAAUUAGUAGUUUUUUUCGUUUAAUGAUUCAUAUAUAUUAGAAUACAUAUUUUAGCUAAUCAAGUUUUGGCAUAAAAUUUGUUCCAACUUAGAUAUUGAAAAUUGGACUGAGUACAAUUUGGAUCUAUUCUGAACCAAUACAAAUAAUCAAUCCAGAUUGAUCAAGGUUAAGUUUUUUCUUACAUUUGGAUUCAAUUAGAUUAAACACUUCAAAACCAAACUAUAUUAGAUUAGCAUGAAUGUUGACGAAAUCCAUUGGAUUUCCAUUGGAACUGAUGCAUACCCCUACUGAAAACAUGGAAGCAAUUUUUAUUGGAUGAUACAAAAAAUUAAUGACAAGAUAAAAUAAGCCAAAAUUCAUAUGGGUAAAUAAUAAUAAGAUUAUGCAUAAAAGACAAUGCUAGCUCAAAUUAUAUAUGCAGAUUUAUUAUUACUAUGCUAAUUUGAUUAUAAAAAAUGCUAACUCUACGUAGAGAUUAGCCACGAAGAAAAAUAAAUAAAUAAAAGAUAUUAAACCCAUUUAAUUUAAUAUGCAAAAGAAACAUUUCAAUAGAAAAAAAAAUAAUAAAUAAAUUGACUUGAGAAUGGGUAUUAGCUUAAUGGAAAUGUAAACAAGUGAUUUUAGAG